AUGACACUUUACAAUGAUCAAGAUUUAAUUAUUAUUGAUCCUAGUUAUGAAAAUUUAACAGAUUUUCUCAAAGAUUAUGAUUAUGAUUUAAUUGGUAAAGCUAUUAGUUUACAUGUAUCAUUUCUACAGAAUCCAGUUGGUUAUUUACACAAUAUUAUUAAACAAUAUAUAAUAGAAUUAUUAUUGACUAGUUUAAUCUGUUUCAGUAUAUUUCUUAGUUUGAUUAUUUUAUUAUUUAUAUUAAAAAGAUUUAUUCGUUAUGUGGAACUGAUCAAGUUACUGAUAAAAGAAUUCAAUAAUAUAAAAUUACAAUUAAAAGAGAUUAAAAUGGAUAAUUUACCAAUGAAUUAUGAUAUUUAUGCAAAAGCAAUAUUUACUGUAUUAAUAAGUUAUUAUCAAUUAUUUAAAGAAAAUAAGAAACGGAUUAUACCUGAAGAUUUAGUUGAAUAUGAAAUAAUACGUUUUGUAUUAGAAGCUGCAUGGAAGAAUACUAUAUGUUGUAGACAGUUAUAUAAUAUAGAAUUGAAUAGAUCAAUUGAAGAUGAAUCAAUUGAAGGAUUACUAAUAGAUGAUUCAGAAAAUGUAAUUAAACAAUCUAAAUGAUAUGAUUGAUCAUAAUCAAAAUAUCAAUAAUUCAAG